UGAAGCACCCUUGGCCUUUUCACACAAUGGCAAAGAAUCAGACUUAUUAUGUGCAGUUUUGGACUCGGGUUCUUCAGUAUUUCGUGGGGCUCUAUCACCGCCUCCAGAAAUGCUGGAGUGCCGUUAAGGGCUUCUGCACUAAGAAGGAGGAAGAAUACAUUCCUCCAGCUGAGAGUAUUUUUCAUAAAGAAAAAAUUCUGAUGCUUGGCAAUAUUUUGACAGAUAAUUCUCUAGCCCUUGAACAGAGAGCUCAAGCUGCCUAUAGAAUCGGACUGUUGGCCUUUACAGGAGGACCCACUGCUGGAGAUUUUGCAGCUGAGUACAUGAAAGAAGUAGCUCACUUGUUGCAAAAUUAUGAGAUGGUACCCAAAAUAAAGAUCCUGCUGCUCCAGAGUGUCGCAUCUUGGUGUUACUUAAAUCCUGUCAACCAGAGAAGAGCCAAACAUUUGCAGUUUAUUCCUAUUCUCGUCCAUCUUUUUGAUGACAAACUUGAGUCUACUAUGAAAAGUGAAACAAACAGCAGCCUCCUGGUUAAAUUUUGGGGUUGCUAUGUUCUCUCUGUCAUUACAUGCAAUAACUUGCCUUGUAUGCAGGAGCUUAAACACUACAGUUCUCUGAAACAUCACUUGCAAAUACUGGCCAGUGAGAAUUGGUCUGGAUGGCCCGAGAAUUUUGCAGAGGUGCUAUAUUUCCUCAUUGGUUUUCACAGGCAUUAAUGUCUCUGAAUCCAGCUACCUGAUGCCUCUGUCUGCACCCCACUGUAUUACCCUGGAAA